AUGUCGAUUGAUUUCCCUGCGGAGGAAGAGCUCGUUCUCUCUCGGUGGAGGGAGAUCGAUGCCUUCAAGCGCCAGGUCGAACUCUCAAACGACAAGCCUCGAUACUCUUUCUUCGACGGCCCACCCUUUGCUACAGGAUUGCCUCACUACGGCCACCUGCUUGCCUCGACUAUUAAGGAUGUCAUUCCCCGAUACUGGUCCAUGAAGGGCUAUCACGUCGAGCGUCGCUUCGGUUGGGACACUCACGGUGUGCCAAUUGAAUAUGAAAUUGACAAGAAGCUCGGCAUGUCCGGUCUGCAGGCGGUCCAGGAGAUCGGUAUCGAAAAGUACAACGAGGAGUGCCGUGCUAUUGUUAUGCGAUACUCUACUGAAUGGCGCCAAACUAUUGAUCGCCUGGGUCGUUGGAUUGAUUUCGACAAUGACUACAAGACUAUGAACCCCUCGUUCAUGGAAUCAGUCUGGUGGGUUUUCAAGGAGCUCUUCGACAAGGGCCUUGUCUACCGUGGAUACCGUGUCAUGCCCUACUCCACUGCCCUUAACACCCCGCUCAGCAACUUUGAGGCGCAACAGAACUACAAGGACGUCCAGGACCCUGCUAUUGUGGUGACCUUCCCUCUGUUGGAUGACCCCGAGACCUGUCUGCUUGCAUGGACCACCACCCCAUGGACCCUCCCAUCCCACAUCGGCCUUUGUGCCAACCCCAAUUUCGAGUACGUCAAGAUCUACGACGAGGCCACGAAGAAGAACUAUAUCCUGCUGGAAGCUCUCCUCCGGACUAUUUACAAGGACCCUAAGAAGGCCAAGUUCAAGAUUGUCGACCGCAUUAAGGGUUCCGAUAUGCUGGGAUGGAAGUACGCGCCUCUCUUCGACUACUUCUACGAUGAGUUCAAGGAGGCUGGUUUCCGUGUGCUGAAUGACGAGUAUGUCACUGCUGAGGAUGGUGUUGGUAUCGUCCACCAAGCCCCCGCAUUCGGUGAGGACGAUUACCGGGUCGCCAUGGAACACGACGUUAUCAACGAAACUCGUCUUCCUCCCAACCCCAUUGACGCCCAAGGUUGUUUCACUGCCGAGGUCCGCGAUUUCGUGGGCCAGAACGUCAAGGCCGCUGAUAAGGGCAUCAUCAAGCUCCUCAAGGGCAAUGGUCGUGUCCUUGUUGACAGCCAGAUUACUCACAGUUAUCCUUUCUGUUGGCGAUCUGACACCCCUCUCAUUUACCGCGCUGUUCCAUCGUGGUUUGUGAAGGUUAAGCCCAUCAUUCCCGAUAUCCUCGAGGGUAUUGAGAAGUCUCAUUGGGUUCCAUCCAACGUCAAGGAGCGCAGAUUCGCCAGCUGGAUCCGCAACGCCCACGACUGGAAUGUUUCUCGCAACCGUUUCUGGGGAACUCCUUUGCCUCUCUGGGUCAGUGAUGACUUCAAGGAGGUUGUCGCCGUUGGUAGCAUCGAGCAGCUUCGCGAGUUGAGUGGCUACGAGGGUGAGCUCCACGACAUUCACCGUGACAAGGUCGACCACAUCACCAUCCCCAGCAAGCAGGGCAAGGGUGUUCUUCGCCGAGUCUCCGAGGUGUUUGAUUGCUGGUUCGAGAGUGGUGCUAUGCCCUACGCCAGUCAGCACUACCCCUUCGAGAACAAGGAGCAGUUCGAGGACAGCUUCCCUGCCGACUUCAUUGCUGAAGGUCUUGACCAAACUCGCGGUUGGUUCUACGUGCUUUCCGUUAUUGGUAUGCACUUGCGUAACAAGCUUCCUUACAAGAACGUCGUUGUCAACGGUAUUGUUCUUGCUGAGGACGGCCGCAAGAUGUCCAAGCGUUUGCAAAACUACCCUGACCCAACUCUGGUGAUGAACUCGUACGGUUCCGAUGCUCUCCGUCUAUACAUGAUCAACUCUCCUGUUGUUCGUGCCGAGCCCUUGAGAUUCAAGGAGAGCGGCGUCAAGGAAAUUGUCGGCAAGGUGCUGCUGCCCUUGUGGAACAGCUACAAGUUCUUUGAGGGCCAAGUCGCCCUUCUGAAGAAGGCCUCUGACGUUGACUUCAUCUUUGAUCCCUCCGCGGAGCGCACUAACGAGAACGUUUUCGAUCGUUGGAUCUUGGCCAGCACCCAGAGCCUGCUCAAGUGGGUCAACCAGGAGAUGGCUGCUUACAGACUGUACACCGUCGUGCCUCGACUUCUCGAGCUCAUCGACAACACCACAAACUGGUACAUUCGCUUCAACCGCAAGCGUCUUAAGGGUGAGAACGGCGUUGAUGACACCUUGCACGCUCUCAACACUCUCUUCGAGGUUCUCUACACCCUGGUCCGAGGCCUUGCCCCCUUCACUCCCUUCCUCACCGACAACAUCUACCAGCGUCUUCUCCCCCAUAUCCCCGAGUCCCUGCGCGGUGUAGACAGCCGCUGUGUCCACUUCCUUCCCUUCCCCGAGGUCCGUGAAGAGCUCUUUGAUGCCACUGUUGAGCGCCGUGUGUCCCGCAUGCAGAAGGUCAUUGAACUCGGACGUCUGAGCCGCGAGCGCCGCGCCAUCGGUCUGAAGACUCCUCUCAAGACUCUUGUUGUGAUUCACAACGACCCCGUCUACCUUGAGGACGUCAAGUCGCUCGAGAGCUACAUCCGCUCAGAGCUCAACGUGCUUGACCUCGAGCUUUCUUCUGACGAGGCCAAGUACAAUGUCCACUACUCUGUCGAAGCCGAGUGGCCUGUGCUGGGUAAGAAGCUGAAGAAGGAUGUCCAGAAGGUCAAGAAGGCCCUGCCUCAACUCACCAGUGAAGACGUGAAGGGAUACCUUCACAACAAGAAGAUCCUCGUUGAUGGUAUCGAGCUUGUUGAGGGUGAUCUCGUUGUCAAGCGUGGCAUUAAGGAAGACGAGAACUCCAAAUCCCUCGAGACGAACACCGACUCCGAUGUUCUGACCAUCCUCGAUGCCAACCUGUACCCCGAGCUGGCUCACCAGGGUCUGGGUCGUGAGAUCAUCAACCGUAUCCAGCGUCUUCGCAAGAAGGCCGGUCUGGUCCCCACUGAUGACGUUAAGAUGGAAUACACCAUCAUCUCCGAUCCUGACAACAUUGGCAUCACCGAGGCCUUCAAGUCUCAGGCCCCUGAGAUCGAGAAGGUUCUCCGCCGUCCCGUUGACCAGAGUGAGUUCGCCAGCGAUAAGCUCCCUACCGGCGAGGAAGAGGGUACCAUCUCCCAAGAAGAGCAGGAAGUGCAGAACGCCACCUUCUUGCUGCGCCUUCUCAAGCUUUAG